AGGGUUUGAACUGAAAAACGUACAAGUAUGAGGACUAGUUAGUGACACAUGUUAAACUUUUGGGGUUUUCUUAUGUCCCAAGCUAAGAACCCCGUAUUUCAAUUCGAUCAGUAUCAGAACCAGCCCUAGAUCUUCAAUUGAACAAAUCUCCGGCAACGAUAAGCACAGAUGUCUCGAAGGUAUGACAGCCGUACAACAAUCUUCUCCCCUGAAGGUCGUCUGUACCAAGUCGAAUAUGCAAUGGAAGCAAUUGGAAAUGCUGGGACUGCUAUAGGGAUCCUGUCCAAAGAUGGGGUUGUUCUAGUUGGGGAGAAGAAAGUCACUUCCAAGCUCCUCCAGACCUCAACAUCCACUGAGAAAAUGUACAAGAUUGAUGACCACGUUGCAUGCGCUGUGGCUGGAAUCAUGUCCGACGCAAACAUCCUUAUCAACACGGCCAGGGUCCAAGCACAGCGCUAUACUUUUUCUUACCAGGAGCCUAUGCCAGUUGAGCAGCUAGUUCAGUCUCUAUGUGACACCAAACAAGGUUACACUCAGUUUGGCGGGCUUCGUCCGUUUGGUGUUUCGUUUCUGUUUGCCGGUUGGGAUAAGAACUACGGUUUCCAGCUUUACACGAGCGAUCCAAGUGGAAACUAUGGCGGUUGGAAAGCUGCAGCAAUCGGUGCAAACAACCAGGCGGCACAGUCAAUGCUUAAGCAGGAUUACAAGGAUGAGAUCACAAGAGAAGAGGCAGUACAGCUGGCACUCAAGGUGCUAAGCAAGACUAUGGACAGCACUAGUCUUACUUCUGAUAAGCUUGAACUGGCUGAGGUUUUCCUCUCUUCUGGGAAAGUCAAGUACCAGGUGAGCUCUUCCGAUUCCCUUAGUAAGUUGUUGGUGAAGUUUGGGUUGACCCAACCAGCUGCCGAGGCAUCUUGAAUUACUAUCUUUACCUAAACCUAAGUUUAUGGCUGGUCUGAUUUGGUGAACCAGUAUUUGAUGUCUUGCUAUCAGAGUCUCAUCCGGGCAGUUUGUCAGAUCUUUUUCUGUUUGAGCUAUUAUUUGUGCUUUUCCUCCUUUUGUAUUUGCCUAUUUGGAUAGAUGAUGGUUGAUGAACGGUUAGCACAAUCAUGAUUAUGAAAGAGAUAUUAACUUGUACUCCA